CAGAGCCUCCACUUGCGCAUUGGCUUUCAGGACGGUUAGCCAGCGUCCCCCGUGCGCUAUCUACCUUUCAGUCAAGCCUCCUGGAUCCUCUCUCCUCCUCCAUUAGCAUCGCGCCCCACCCCGCUCCCAUCACGUGCUCAACCGCCUCCUCCUCUGCUUCUCUCCCUGAGUUUCCCAGACGAGCUAGCUAGCUACCUGGCUACAUUUACUUCCCUCGAAUAAAAAAAAUCCCUUGGUGGGUGACAAUUUUCGUCACAAAAAAAAAGUGGUCCGCAAGUGAUCCUAUAAAAGCCCACGAGGAGACCGGCAAUCAGCCUCCUCACCCACCACGACCAAGAGCUACAUUGAUUGGUCGAUCGAGAAGGAGAGAGCAGAGAAAAGAAAAGAAAGUUCAUUAUAUAUAAUAUUAAGCCGCGGCUGCUCAGGUUACGCCGGGAAAGGAACUGAUCAAGAAAAGGCUAUCUGUGAAUUUGGAAUCAAUAUCGAUCAGAUAACAAUGGUGACUUCAGUUGUGGUUGCUGCUGCUGCUGCAGGUCCCAGGGUGGAAAGCCUGGCGAGCAGCGGGAUUCAGGCCAUUCCCAAAGAGUACGUGCGCCCCCAAGAGGAGCUCACCAGCAUCGGCGACGUCUUCGAGGAGGAGAAGAAGGAGGAGGGCCCCCAGCUCCCCGUCAUCGACCUCCGCGACAUCAGCUCCCCCGACGAGGCCGUGCGCGACCGCUGCCGGGCCGAGCUCAAGAGGGCAGCCGAGGAGUGGGGGGUCAUGCACCUCGUCAACCACGGCAUCCCCGACCCCCUCAUCGACCGCGUCAAGGCCGCCGGCCAAACCUUCUUCGACCUCCCUGUCGAAGAGAAGGAGAAGUACGCCAACGACCAGGCCUCCGGCAAGAUCGCCGGCUACGGCAGCAAGCUUGCUAACAAUGCCAGCGGGCAGCUGGAGUGGGAGGAUUACUUCUUCCACCUCGCCUUCCCUGAGGAGAAGCGCGACAUCUCCAUGUGGCCCACAACCCCAGCUGACUAUAUUCCGGCGACGAGCGAGUACGCGAGGCAGCUGCGAGGGCUGGCGACCAAGAUCCUGUCAGUGCUCUCCCUGGGGCUGGGCCUGGAAGAAGGCAGGCUGGAGAAGGAAGUGGGCGGCAUGGAAGAGCUCCUCCUCCAAAUGAAGAUAAACUACUACCCAAAGUGCCCGCAGCCGGAGCUGGCGCUGGGCGUGGAGGCCCACACCGACGUCAGCGCCCUCACCUUCAUCCUCCACAACAUGGUCCCCGGGCUGCAGCUCUUCUACCAGGGCAAGUGGGUCACCGCCAAGUGCGUCCCCAACUCCAUCAUCAUGCACAUCGGCGACACCAUCGAGAUCCUCAGCAACGGCAAGUACAAAAGCAUUCUCCACCGCGGCCUCGUCAACAAGGAGAAGGUUCGCAUCUCCUGGGCCGUCUUCUGCGAGCCCCCCAAGGAGAAGAUCAUCCUCAAGCCGCUGCCGGAGGUGGUCUCCGAGGCCGCGCCACCCCUCUUCCCGCCCCGCACCUUCGCCCAGCAUAUUCAGCACAAGCUCUUCCGGAAGUCCCAGGAGGCCCAGGCUGCGGCUGCUGCCGCCGCUGCCAAAUGAUGAUCAUCAAAGCAAUCGACCAUAAUAUCGGUUCCAGCUCUGUCAUUUGCUGUACUUUUUGCUUCUUUCUUGUCAAAUGUUAAUUAAUUUUCGGUUGGAAUAAGGCAUAUAGUAAGCACCCGCUGCGGGUCUUGUUAUAGUCUGGUUCACGGGUUUAUGUUCCUCUUUUAUUUUUUUUAGCCCUUCUCAUUUCAACUUGGUGGGUGAUAUAUAUGUACUCAUAUGCAUAUAUAUAUAUGGCCCACGAUGAGUGUGUAUGAAUGUUUAAUUAUUUUCUCUUGAUUAAUGGCUACCUCAAUUUUACCAAA